AUGCCGAGGCAGAAAUCCGUCAAGUUCCAGCAUCGCAUUAACGGGAAUGGCAACGGGAAUGGCCAUAGCAACGAACUGGAUCAUCGACGACAAAGCUCCUCUACCGCCAGCGACACCGCCUCCGAGCCUCCGAGUCCUUUGAAGGAUGCUGAUAGCCUUCGAAAUGGAACGAUUGUCAAAGGAGAAAAACCUGGAGAACCAUCGGAAUACGAAAAGAAAAAGGCAACGUUUAUUACACGUACAAUCUGGACUUUGGCCAUGAUCAGUGGACUUUUCGGAGCCAUGUUCGCUGGUCAUGUCUAUGUUCUCAUGAUUAUCACGGCGGUUCAAGUGAUUUCCUUCAAAGAAGUUAUUGCUAUCGCGCAAGUCCCGACCAAGCAAAAGAACCUGCCGCUGACGAGGUCUUUGAACUGGUACUUCCUUGCCAUCACCAUGUACUUCCUGUAUGGAGAGAGCGUCAUCUACUAUUUCAAGCAUAUCCUCUUGGUGGACAAGGUCCUACUCCCUUUUGCGACACAUCAUCGCUUCAUCAGCUUCAUGAUGUAUAUCUUCGGCUUUGUAUUUUUCGUAGCCUCACUGAAAAAGGGACAUUACCGAUUCCAGUUUACCCAGUUCGCGUGGACGCACAUGGCCCUUUAUCUGAUUGUGGUUCAAGCACAUUUCAUGAUGAAUAACGUGUUCGAAGGCAUGAUCUGGUUCUUUCUUCCAGCAUCGUUAGUCAUCAUCAAUGAUAUCUUUGCUUACAUCUGCGGAAUCACAUUUGGACGCACUCAACUCAUCAAAAUUUCUCCCAAGAAAACCGUCGAGGGAUUCGUUGGAGCUUGGGUCUGUACGAUAUUCUUUGGAUUUGGACUGACCAACAUCUUGAUACGCUACAAAUACUUUAUCUGUCCGGUCACUGAUCUGGGAGCCAACAUCUACACUGGACUGGAAUGCACCCCGAACCCCGUUUUUACCCCGCGACCUUACGAUCUCUCCACGUGGACUGGCCUGGAAUACACCAUCUGGAUUGCACCCAUGCAAUUCCACAUCUUAGUUUUCGCAACUUUCGCGUCGCUGAUCGCACCCUUUGGGGGAUUCUUCGCGUCCGGGCUGAAGAGAACAUUCAAAAUAAAAGAUUUUGGUGACAGCAUCCCUGGACACGGAGGUAUGACCGAUCGGAUGGACUGUCAAUUCAUCAUGGGUCUCUUCGCAUACAUGUACUAUCAGAGUUUCAUCGCCGUGUAUAAAACGAGUGUGGGCAGCGUCAUCGAGUCUGCCAUCGUGGGCCUUACCCCUGAAGAACAGAUUGAGGUUGUGAGAGGUCUGGGCAAAUACUUGUACAAUCAAGGUAUAGUCACAGACAAGGUUUUGCAAUGUCUCGCAUCCGAGCUUCCCAAACGGUGA